AUGUUUUUCGCAUUCAGCAUUAUCUGUUCAAGGCUCUGCCUUCGAACGAACGAAACUCUUCGAGAGUGUUCAAAAGAUACUAUUCAACUAAAUUCAUCCAGUGAAAUCAAUAAUUAUACCAAAGAAAGUAUUUAUCUUGAAGUUAUUAGUUCAGAAAAGUAUGCCGCAACAUUUGAAGAAAUCAGCCCUGAAAUUCAGAGCCUAGAAGUCGUUGGCUAUGAUUCUUUUGUCUCUUUUGAUAUCACAAACCAUCAUAUUUUUAAAUCAUUUAGUAUUUCUAACUGUACGUUCACUUUUACGACAAAAAACUAUCAGAAACCAGUAGAAUUUUAUUCUUAUAAAGCGGAAGACUGCCAUUACGAAUUAAAACACAUUUCUAUCAAUACAAACAUUUUUGUUGGUGAUUUAGAAGCAUAUGCCGCAUUCCUUUCUGUACAAGUAACUCAAAUCCUAUACAUCAGCUGCUUACAUCCGAAAUUUGCCGUAAUUAAUCUGAAUAAUUCAAAUUGCGAAGCAUUUUUCUACGCAUUUAACCAAGAUUCAGAACUAUUCAGUCGUGAUGAUUCCAUACUACUUAGAUUUGGCCAAGAAAACGUAAUCAUGACCAAUGUAAAGCCAAAAAUAACUUUUCUUCACGAUACUCAAAAUUACACGAUUUCUUAUACACAACAGUCCAAUAAAAAUUCAGAUAAUAUAAUUCUGAGCUUGAGCGACCACUCAAAAUUGGUUGUUAACGAACCAACAGGAGAUUUCACGAAUUUCCCAACAAUACAAACACCAGGAGAGUCAACAAUUGAAUUUAAGACUACAAAGAAGUCAAUAAACCUCCAAGUUUUCAACUCUUGCGAAAUAAAAGGAGAAUUUGCAAAUAUUAACAAAUUAAGUCUCGAAACUAAUGGAGUAUUGACUUUUACAUACGGAUCUGUUGAAAGCGGAAUCCCACGAUGCUUUGUUGAUGAAAUUUCCUUCAUUUCAGAUGGAAAAAUCAGGUCUGACGAUGAUUUGAUUCUAAAUGUCAAUAAAAUCACUUUAGAUAACAUUAACACUAAUGAACAGAUCAUAUCUAGUUCAAUAACUGUCUCAGGAUAUCCAGAUUUCGUUGUAGAAAAAUCUUCAGUUCAUAUUGGAAAAAUUGACAUUUCCAGUGCCCAAAAAUUCAUCUUCAAUGUUGAUUUCAUCAAUGAAACAACAGUUGUGUUCGAUGAAAUCACGAGUUUCACGAAUUCUUUCGUAAUUUACUUAAAUUACGAUUUGAAAGAACGAAACCCAGAAGAUAUGGUUAAGGGAAAGACAUUUAACUUAAUUACAAUGCCUUGUCACUUUAAUCAGAAGCAAAAUUUCAUUUUAUUAUCUAAUGUCUCUGGAUACAGCCAAGACUUCUCCCUUUUGAAGCCUGUCGUAAAUAACAACGAUUUUGGCACUUUUGGAGUGGUUUUGACUGAAUUUCCGGAAAAUUCUGAUUUAUCUUUUUGUUUUGGCAGUUGUAGCCAAGGAACUCAGAUCCAAAGCAUCGAAGAAUUAAAGCCACUUAUCGAGAAUGCCUCAAGGGUUACAAUUUUCUUUGAAAACGACCAAGAAAUUAAAUUUGAUAUCCUUACAAAGCCAAUUGAGCUCAGAAUCUUAUCAGAAAACACACAGAAACCAAAUAUAAAGUUCCCUCUUACAGAAAAUUUGAAUUCCUUCGUUUCCAAGAUUACAUUUUCCGGUGUAAACAUUGAAUUCAUUCCAACAGACAGUGCAGGAGCACUCCAUGUCCCUUAUAUUAAAUUUGAGGAUGAGUCUUUGUUCAAUCACAGUGCGAUUUCUUUUUGUGAUGAUAUUAUCAUCGAAAUCCCUGCGAAAUACUACAAGUCGUACAAGGAACUCGUAUUGGUACAUUUAGUACUUGAAGAAUCAGCAACAAUCACACUUUCAAAAUCGAAUUUGAAAAUUUCGAAUUUUAAUUUUGAGAUUUCCUAUGAACAGGAUGUUGCUUUUGUUUGCAAACAUGGUAUUACUGUCACUGUUGCUCUCAAUAGCGUCCAAGAUUUCUCAGUUCCCCUUAAAUUAUAUGGAGAAGAUUUUAUUCUCAAUUUUGAAGGCGAAGGAAGCCAAAACAUUGGUCAAUCCAUUGCCCAUUGCUAUGCAAAGAAUGUAAUUACUGUCCAAACAGGCAAUAUUCCUGUUUCUUUCCUUUCAGAUUUGACAAAUUUGGUUUUGUCAGGAAAUAAACAGACAACAAUCACUCCACAACACUUGGAAGGAGUCAAUAUGGUCAUUGGCACUAAAAGCAACCCAGAAAUCGAACUAGUUUCCCUGAAUUUGGACUCAUCAAGUUCAAUUACAGGUCCAGGAAACUAUUCAUGUGAAAUUUCGGACUUAGUCACACACUCUGAUACAGACGCAACAAUAAUGAACAUGAAUUUCCCAGAAAUUCAGCUGAUUUUGGAUGGAAAAUUGACAUUUAUUAAUUCUUACCUAAGAAAUACCAAUAUUUCCAUAGCAAAGAGCAUAAAUUCAUCCGAAAUCGGCUUGGAUAUCUCUAAAAAUUCGGUUUUUCCAAAAAGAAUCGAUUUCGAUUUGACAAUUUCAGCUGAAUACCUCAAAGAACAUGGCCAAGAAUUUACUGCAAUAGUUCCUUUGGUCGCAGGUGGCUUUGCGAAGUCUGUUUUCGUACAUCUCAAAAUUCCUGAAGAAUCUAGCUUGUAUUUCUCUUCGAAAGUGUAUGAAAACAAUAAUAACAUAUACGCAAAUAUCACUGCUUCCAAGGAAAAGCCAAUAACUGUUCCUCCAACGACAGAAAUCAGCUCAUCAACAGUUUUCGUUCCAACUGAGAAGUUUACAGCCACACCAAGUUCAACACUUAAAUAUGGAAGAAUAGCUAUUGGAGUUCUUGGACUUUUCGUUUGUGUUGCUUUGAUUAUUUUGAUUUUGAUCUUUUGCUUCAAGAAAUUCUCAAGAAAGUUCAGCCAAAAGGUUGAUAACUCAAUGCUUGUUGAUGAAGGCAUGAAUGAUGCCCUUGCUGGAGAUUAUGAAGGAGAAAUUCUUUAA